AUGGUUCCCAGGCCAGUCUCUGGAUCCCCGUGCUUAGUGACACCUUCCAGUUCACUUCCGCUCCCCAAGAUCCUGGUAGGGAACCAUCUGCUCCUGGCAUUCAAGUGGCUUGUGCCCACUGAGCAGGCUCAGGACCGGGCUGCUCGCCUGGGCAUGAACUUCUUUGAGGUCAGCCCUCUGUGCAAUUUCAACAUCACAGAGUCCUUCACAGAGCUGGGGAUCAUGCUGGUUCAGUAUGGGAUGGACCUGCUCUGGAGGCCAAGCAAGGUGCUGAGCUUGCAAGACCUCUGCUGUGGGGCUGCGGUGUCCUGAACUCCGGUGCACCUGGUGGACAAGCUCCUGCUGCCGGCCUUGAGGGGCCACCUCAAGUCCUUCUCCAUGGCCCAUGGCCUGGAUACCAGGACGAUGCAGGGCUGCUCCUACUCCCUCACCGCAGAGACCCACAGGAGAAACAGCCUCCACAAAGUCAAGAUGCCUGUACCCCAGAGCCCACCCUACGAGGGCACCAGCAACAGCUGCGAGAUUUCCUAG